CCCAUAUCGACAUCUUGGCCGCAUCGCUCAGCAGUAUCCAUGUAACUCUGGCUCCCGUCCACCGGCGAAAUGCCUACACACCUGGCGCAGCCCUCGCCCAAGCGCAAACGCGACCAGCCCCCGCCGAUUCCCUUGCUCAACACGGCCCUGGCGCUGCGUCCAGCACCCGCGCCAAUAUCGAUACCAGCACCGCCCGCAGCACGAGGCAGCCCGGGCCCCUCGCCUGGCGGUGAAAGCCCCCGAAAUGCCGUCGCCGACCAGCUGCGAGACAUGACGCUGACGGCGAUACCAAUGUCGCCGCUUACCCCUACCGACGAGGUGCUGCGCAAGAGGCCGAGGCUGGAUGCCUUCAGAGUCGACAGCGUCGCCGGGCCAAGCACAGCGCCUACGCAUCAGACGCCAGACAGACACGAGCACGCAAGCACAAGCGCCGUGGACACGAUGGCUGGCCCGCCCCAUCCCGACGUCUCUAGGGUAAUACCAGAGACCCCUCAGUCGUCCCAGCCCCGCUUGUUGCCAGAUAUCGCCUCUUUCACGCAACCAACCACAUUUGCCUCCUCGCCCACAAAGGCCCCGCAGUCACAUGCAUCUGCCACCCACAAGCCUCGCACGCAAAAUCGCCCUUCCUCACAUCCUCGCCCUCGCCCUCGGUCGCCCACGCCUCCGCCAGCAACUCUUACGUGGCAGGACAGCGAGAUCACGGGACACCUGGUCGACCCCCUGACCGACCCAGACGACGACGGUACCGGCAUCAACGGCAUUGGCUUCAAGCCCACGCCUGCCCUGGCCUAUGCCAGGUCCCAGAAGCGACGGCAACAACUGAACGAAUGGAAGCUGAGAGAAACUCGCGAGGCGAGAGCCAGGCGCAGUGAGCGGCGCCGCAGGGGCAUCAGAGGCACGCCGUCGCGAGAAGGUACAGUGGAGCGCGAGGUAAUAGUAGAGAAGAGGCGGACAGUCAAGUUUGCCGUAUAACGACGCGGUGGGCAUAAUGGUAAUUUCCAGAAAAUUUGCAAUAUUGGCGGCAGAUUUCUGCCCUGGAUAACGAUGAUUCACGACACUCAUGAUACGGACGGCACAUUGGGCGUACAGCGGCGCAGGGAGUUUACACGUUUAUUCUACAUUUGGCACACUUAUUUCAUACCGGGUUCUUAUGGAUCUGUGACAUUCAACAUUAACAAAGCUAUCUUACA